AUGUUAAAAUAUUAAAGGCGCGUUCGUUACAGCUAACGGUAUAUACAACAAAUAUUGUGUUAAUAAUGCAUUGUGAAAACAAAUAAGCAGCAUAUGCAAAAGUGUGUGCAUGAAACACUUCAGUUAUAAUAUAUAUAAACAAAUAUUCGUUAUAAUAAAAAAAAAACAGAAAAAAACAAAACUACAGAUAUUAAGGUUUGAAGGAAAUGUAUGUGUAUUAGUGAUGUUGCAACUAUUUGCAAGCGAAAAUAUGUACCUUUAAUGUUUCUAAAGGUUUAAUUAAAUUAUUAAAUAUGUGCUCACCUUUGCCGAAUAAUAAAAAAUAUUGCUUUUGAAAAGUAAAACUAGUGAAAAGCGAAAGAAAAUAAAAUCACAAAAAUCGUUUUAGGUAAAGCUAAGUUAAAUCGAGCAAUCGAUGAAAGUGGCGGCUAUCUAGCAAGUGUCCAUUCUGGCAACAGCCGUUUGGUGUACUCAAUUCUUGACGAUCCGUUGGAUUAUACAACAUAUAUGUAUGUAUGUAUGUAUUAAUGCAUGAAUAUAUAACGGUAGUUGCAAAAUAAGUUGCAUCUGAAGUUAUUCGUACAUGUGCUGUGAAGUGGUUCAAAGUAUUUACAUAUAUACAUAAGUGCAAAUGUAUAUGGUGCUAACAGUGUGGUUGUGCAGCCUAUCAUGUGGAAGAUGAAUUAUGAAAACAAGAGUGAUUCACAGAAAAUGAGAAUUCGAUUUGGAAAGUUACUUAACAAGUAAUCAGUUUGAAUAAAGUGGUGAGAUCCAAAAUUGCAUGUUCGGAAAGUGAUACGUUAUACUUUAGUUCGACUGACGUAUUUAAGGUGUGUGCAAAUACUUGGAAUACAAAACCAACAAGCAGGUGUACUAGGAAGCCACAAGCUACAGCAAGCGAUUUGGUGUCAAUCGAUAAUUAGGUGCAGAACAAAUAUUUCAGCUAUUAAAUCAACAAUACUUUUGCAUGAAAUUAAUGAGAUUGCCGCACACAGCAUACCUAAAAUAAAACGCUGCAAACAAAUCAUCAUUCCAAUGCCAAAUUUUGCUGUCAGUUACACGGGCAGGACAAUGUGAAAAUAUCGACCCAUAGGUGAAAGUCAACAAUGGCGCAAUGACAAGCACGGCUGUUAAAGUGAGCAGAAAAGCGAAAAGUGGUCGCGAGUAAGACUUGCUGCGCUACGUGUAUAAGACAAAGGAGAAGUGGCCGUGGCGUGAAGGGCGCCAGUGUUGGUUUUGCGUUACACAAAUUGCUGUCGAAAAUUAAAAGGCAAUCAUGCUGAUGGAUCACUUGCGUCGCUUCGGCUUGCUCUUCAGCACCCAUUUGUUGCUGCUGAUGCUGCUAGAGACCAAGACAAUAUGUGGAGAUGUGCCGCCUCACUAUUGGGAAACACCUUAUUCUCAGCCCUACUUUGACAACUCGUCGAGACGUGAAGUGACAGCGACAGUGGGCCAGGCGGCGCUGUUGCAUUGUCGCGUGCGCAAUUUAGGCGAUAGAGCGGUGUCCUGGAUACGUAAACGUGACCUGCAUAUACUCACUGUCGGCAUACUCACCUACACGAAUGACCAACGAUUCCAGUCGCUGCACACUGAGGGCUCCGAUGAGUGGACACUGAGGAUAUCGUCACCGCAGCCAAGAGAUUCUGGCACAUAUGAGUGUCAAGUGUCCACAGAGCCAAAGAUAAGUCAAGGCUUUCGACUGAAUGUAGUGGUAUCUCGUGCAAAAAUUCUUGGCAAUGCGGAACUUUUCAUCAAAAGCGGCAGUGACAUAAAUCUCACCUGUCUCGCCAUGCAAUCGCCCAUACCGCCAUCCUUUAUAUAUUGGUAUAAGGGUAAACGCGUUAUGAAUUAUUCACAACGUGGCGGCAUCAAUGUCAUAACGGAGCGUUCGACGCGUACCAGUAAAUUAUUGAUAGCCAAGGCAACGCCAGCCGAUUCUGGGAAUUAUACAUGCUCGCCGAGCAGUUCAGAUUCUGCAUCUGUGGUGGUGCACGUCAUCAACGGUGAACAUCCGGCCGCCAUGCAGCACGGCAACAGCAGCGCUAAUCGCCUCUCCAGCACACUACACGGCUAUCUCCAUCGAAUAACCCGACGCGCGCUCACCACACUGGCCGCAAGCUUUACCCAAGUGACAACAACAGCUAAAUGUCCAAGUGCACAUCGUUUGGUCACCGGCCUGCAGCAACGACAGACAGUGUGGCCGAUGACGUUGUUCUGGCGCUUGCUACAACAACUGCUGCUUGCCGCGGCCACAACAAAUUGGUGCAUCGUGUCUGUGGGCUGGUUGCUCUCCAGGUGGGCCCUGCAAUGCGGUCAAUGGCAGCACCGUCAAGCACAACUGCAACAACAACAACAAUUGCAAAUGCCGAGACAUGAAGUGCGACGGCCACUAGAGACGCAUUGCUGGUGUUGGUGGCGGCAUUGGCGGCGAUGGUCCGCUAGCGCUUCGUUGCUUAGGUGAUUGCGAAAUUGAGCAAAAGCGCUCAACUAAUCGAGUAUAGACGGAUACAAUGGCAUGUAGAGGAGCAUAUUGACUGCGAUUUUACACGUUUAGUGAUUGUAGUUGUAAUUGUAUAUAUGUAGGUAUGUGUAUUGUUAUUAUAUUAUUUUUUUUUCUACACUUUUGUUACACCAAUCGCUCAGACUCGCUACGGUUCAAACACACAGCUGCAUUUCGUAACUAUGUGUAUUAGAGCUGGUCGAUUUGCAAAAAAAAUCGGAAAAAUCGCGUAUGUGGAAAAUGUUAAACGGACCAUUCUGAACAACUUUGCCUAAGAGAGUAUGGGUCUAAAACUGGUUUCGAUCCAGCGAGUUUUAGGAAAAAGUUUUUCAAGGAUUAGAAAGCUUUUUUCGUCAAAUUUUGAGAUAACUAAAAGAAAUAUUAUUAUAAAGAUGCACUUUGAUAUUCCAUUGUUCAUUUGUCGAAGUCGACUGGACCGGAUAACUAUAUAACAUACCUUCCAUACAACCGAGUAUUUCGAUUAUUUAAACUUCGUCAUAAAAACAGCUGGCUCGAAACCGGUUUUUCUCUUAGGCAAUGUUGUCCAGAAUGAUCCGUGGAACAUUUCUGUCAAAGGCGAUUUUAUAGAAAAAAAUCAAACCGCUCUAAUGUGUAUAUAAGUAAAUAAUAGGGUGUCCGUUAUUUCCUUAGUUUAUUGUUUUUCACAGAACCUCUCCCUGAAUUAUUGGUUUUGGCGAUAAAAAAUUAAAAAUAAUCCUAAAUCAAAUAACUUUGUUCAUAUACAUGGGAUUCUUUGAUCUUUUGCUUUAAACAAAGACUUACAACUUUGAAAAGAGUAUUUUUAAACAAAAAAAUUUACGCUCUCCAAAAAUAUUAUAACUAGUUUUAUCAUGAAAAACGUUUCUUUAAAAGUAAAACACAAAUAAAGUCAUUUACCAUGAACUAAGCAUUCACAGAGUACACCAUGCCGCAUGAGCAACACAGUUGUACCAUAUAAAUCACUUGUAUGAAUGCUCAAUAUAUUUGAUGCAUAACUUUAACUUCAUACAAUUUUUGAACGAAAACGUUUUAAAAUCAAUUUUUAGAAAUCAAAAUUUAUUGGAAUUACCUGUUUUCAAAAUUGUAGGUUAACUUGCUUUAUGUAAAAUAUAACAAAAUGCCAACUUAUAUGCUUAAGAAAAGUAAAUUGGUUUACGUUGGACAACUUUUUAGCGUGAAAAUCGAAACUUCUGCGUGAUCAGCUAAAAAAAAUAACUUUGGAAAUAACGGUCAGCCUAAUAUACUAAUGUCUGUGGUGAAUUUUGCUCACACAGCAGCACUUCAUAUCCAACAAAAGCAUGACAUGAGCAAUCUCUGCAUUCUCAUGCACAUACUCGUACAUAUUCAUAUAUAUAUGUGAACAGGUGCUAUUCUCUUCGUUAAAUUUUAAUAUUGAAUUUGUGUGAUUGGUUUGCAUGGAAAUGUGCAGACAGUAACACAACUUUACUUUACUGUACUGCAAUUUGAUCGGUUUAAAUGCGGAUUUAAUUUUCACGCUACUACGUUGGAGCGAGCAAAUCGCAUUUUAACCAAAUCAUGUUUUCAAUGCAAAUGAAAAUUACAAAUAUAUGUAAAAAGGCGAAUGAAGCAAUUGGUGAUGUAAAAUAAGAGAAUAACUAAGCACAAGCGCCAGCGUAUAAUUAAUGUAUUGGCUGUGCUGCGUACAUUUUUAGAACAAUAAUUCGUGAAAACAACGCAUUUUCCCAUUGUAUUUGAGCAAUGGGUUCAUAAUUGUAAUUAAAUCACUUGUUGUAAAUGUAUAUGAUAAAGAUUAGCAUUUAUAUGGCUUAUCAAUGGCGAAAAAUAUUAGUUACAAUGCCACAAAUUUGUAAAGACUAUAGAGUGCUGUCAAGCACAGAAAUUUCAAACAGUAUUGCAAUCAACGAAAAUUCGAAAGUACUUUUUGGAAACGGUUAAAAUAUUUAGACAUGCAUUAUACUGACGAAAUUCUCUAAUAUGAACUGAGGUACAAUGGACUUUUUUUUAUAACAAAUUAUAUUCCAAAACAUUAUAUUUUGCUCUAUUCGAAACGCAAACUCGACUAUAACCCCAUAAGGAAUGUCUACGUCGGGAAAGAAGUUUUGAAAUGCAUUCUCUUAUCCGAUUUUUUCGAAUUUUUCUAAAUAAAAAAAUUCUAUGAUCACAACACGAUUUUUCAUGCGCUUUCAACAUCCCUUUUAAAAUUUACAUACAUUUUUUUCUAACCAAUAAAGGCAAAUAUGCAAUCCAGAGUAAGUGUAAUUAAAACAAAGUGCAAUAAAAAUGAAAGAAACUUAAAUAAUUUAAGGUUUUUUUAACUGACUGACGAUUUAUAAGCGGCAUGCAACAUACCUUGGUCAAUUUCAUCGCAAAUUUUACUCUGUCCGAUUAUAGGUGAAGUUUUCUAUUCGAAAAUUGAUGAUAUAAAGCAAUACACAUAAUGCCAUUCCUAAAACAAAAAUGAUGGUUUGUAAUAUGACAGAUUCGGAGAAGCAUUACAUGUUAGUGUUAAAUCAAAAAAAUUUUUCUUUGCUUCAAGUACAACAAUUCUAUGAAUUUAGGUCAUGAGUAAGACAAAGGAUAAAUAAAUUUAAAGUGAAAUUUAAUCUCAAUGGCCUUUAAAGUGAACAAAAAGAAAUAUUUUACCUAUCGUUGGUAAAUUCUAUAACUAACCCUUGCCACAUUCUAAUCGACUCAUCACUCAUUAAAACAGCGAAAAUUCUUUAAAACAUAAAUAUAUAUAUAUACAUAUAUGAUCAGCAUCACGUGCUGAGUCGAUUGAGCCUUGUCCGUCGUUUUUUUAUAGUAGAAGGAAGCAUCGAAAGCCGGAGUACGGGACUUUAAGCCGCUAAACCUAACCAGCAUCCAUCUCAUGUCUCUUCCACGGGACCACUGGACAAAGCAUUACUUCAUGGAAGAGAAUAAGACAUCUAAGUCUCCACUAUUGUUCAGACUGACUGACGCCUAAUCUGCUGUAAAUGUCUUUAACUUGUCAUAAUUAGAGCUGGCGCUUCGCUGACAUCUUUCCAUUACACAGAGAACUCGUACAAAAGUAUAGUCAAAUUUUCUACCGGAAAACUACCUCCAACUGUGGUUUUAAGCUUUUCCUUAUACUUGAAAACCUAUGGCAAUGACAGAGUACGUGUUCAUAGUAUUCUAUACACUCCGUACACAUCGGAAAAUAUGGACUAAAAUCAUGACGAUAGGUUUAUAAGUUUCAUUCACCCAUGGCCACUGAGUUUUUGGGUCAGAUUAAAAUACAUGUCCCUAUGUUGUCUAUCUAUUCAGUCUGUGUGUCCACCAUCCUUUGCAUGAAGUCCGUACCGUUGCUGCCACUUUGGGAGGCUUUUGAUUCUAUCAUUUCCUUUUUCUGCGGUAGACGUUUCUGAUAAGUUAUAUAUUCACGCGAAUUUUCCUGCUUGGCUGUUAAUCGGCGCAAUAUUGCCUAAUACCUAAGCAGCAUCGAUGGAUAUGGUUCGGAAAGCACCUAUCACGAGUAUUGCAGAAAGUUUAUGCACCGCGUUAAUUGACCUAUCAUAUGAUUUUAAGUAUAGCGCCUGUAUCCAUAUUGAAGCCCCAGUAUGACUGAAGUCAUUACCUUAGCUAUUAAAAAUCGUCGGCUGGAACGCACACAGCCUUUAUAUGAAAAAUAUCUCAUUGUGCCUGUGGGCAAUUUAUACUUAAAGAAUAUAAUAUAGAAGUAGCUUGCAUCGGUCCUCGUACCUAAUCUGCACAUUUACAUAUGCAUCAACACUCCAACCGUAGCCAAUCGCAGGUUGUAUGCAUAGCAAAUUACCAUAAAAUGAAAUGGUCGGAAGUGUUAUAAAACAUACAAAUUUCAAAUUACAAUAUAAUUUCAAACAAUUUUGACUUUACUACUACUGUAUUCAAAGUCCCAAUGCACACGAGAGCUAUAGCCGGUACUAUAUGUCCUUUCAGCAUGAUGGCUUACCUGCUUAUGCUCAGCACCCUACGCAUACUUAUUUCGCAUUACAUAAUUUUCUGCUCUGUUUCACUGCGUCGACGCACCGGCAGUCAAAUCGACGGAUGUACGCGCGCAUACACUUAAACACCUUAACCACUUCCACGUGCAUACGCAUAUAUGUACAUACAUACAUAUUUUGGCAUAGACCCCUGAGAAUGUACGAGUACAAAUGCAUGUGUGUAGCGCAUAAGCGCGCACGUAAGCGGAAGCAGCGCCAGCACUAAGCGCUCUUGCGUGGCCAUGCAUGAAAUUCGUACGCAUACAACACACUCACACAUGGGUCCACUCAUUUCCUCACGCCAUGUGGCAAUAAUUUACUAAAAUUUUUAUGCACCCAUAUGUAAGUAAUUGUCCUCCACAGCGCUCGUUCAUAAAAAAUACAUUAGGACAUAAUUUCACGCAACGCCCUUGGUGGUUUGGUUUGGUGUGCGGGUUUAAAGCGCGCCAAAGAGGCUUAACUACGAGUGGAGGUUGCUUUUCAAGUGUGCGCAUAUUUUUCGUGUACACAACAUUUUUGUGGUAAGAGUUUAGGUAACCAAAAAAAUGUGAAGAAAAAGUGUUAGAAAAUGUUUGUGUUGUGAAAAACUUAUGCAAGUACACACAUUUUCUUUAUAAAUGUAAAAAAUUAAAUAAAAAUAUUUAACGUUUUUCUGUUAAAAAUUUAGUUAAGGGGGACUUCUUGGGUUUGGAUAUAAAUCUAAAACUCUUGAGAGUUUUGUAUACGAUUAGGUGACUUACUAGGUGUUUUUGCAACAAUAAAACUUGAUGGUUAAUUAAAUUUUUUUUUAAUUUUUUCGAAAAUAUUUGAAUGGUGAUCAGUGUUAUAAUGGAUUUUUCAAUAAUUACAAAUUAUGUCUGCAACUCGAUUUCUUUUGCAUGGCCACCACGGGCACGCUUGCAGAAGACCAGAAGCUGAACCCAAUUUUCGCCGGUUUUCUAGCAUAAAUCGGCAGACAAUACUGCAAUUUCACAUUUGAUAUUCGUACGAAGUUCAUCAAUCGUCACUGGCUGGUUGGCUUAGACCAUAGAUUUGACGUAGUUCCACAGGAAAUAGUCUAACGGCGUCAAAUCGUACGACGGAGGCGGCCAAUUGACUGGGCGAUUUCGUGAGAUAACACGUUUACCAAACAUAGUUUUCAAUAAAUCGUUUGUGACAUUCGCUGUGUGGCUUGUGGCUCCGUGCUGUUGGAACCAUAUACUGUCCAAGUAUAUGUCAUCCAAUUCGAAUCAAAAAUAUUCGGUUACUAUUGAACGGCAACGAUUCCCAUUCACAGUAACGUCCCGGUCUUGAUCAUCACGGAAG